AAAAACACAAAAGAAAGAAGAAAGAGAAGAGAAAAUAAAUAAAUAAAUAAAGCAUAGCAAUAAAGAAAGAAAGGAAGAGAGUGAAAGAGAAGAAAGACAAAAGUUUUCAACCCUCCAUUGAUUUAAAUUCUCUCAACAACAGAAACUUGAUUUCUUCUCCACUUAAUCUAGAACAGCCAGUUCCCUCAAUCUUUCUACAAAAACCCUUCUGGGAGCUUCAAGAAAAUCAAAAGAAAAGGGCUAAAGUGAAGCAGUUUUCUUCAGGAAAGCAAUGAAUCGUGGUGUUUUGCAGACCUCACCACCGUUGCAGAUGGCCGGAAACCCUAACUGGUGGAACAUAAAUAACAUGAAGCCACCAACUCACCAACAAACAUCUCCAUUUUUGAACCCUCCUAGUUUUUUCCCCCAAUAUUACAUACCUUCUGCUUCUGCUUCUUCUCCCUCUUCCUCUUCUUCUUCUUCAUCAUCAUCUUCUUCCUCAUGUUCUUCUUCCUCUUCUUCAUCUUCACUUGCUCUUCCUUCUUGGCAUGAUAACCAAGAUCAACUUCCAGAGUCUUGGAGUCAACUCCUCAUGGGUGGAUUGGUGGAUGAAGAUGAUAAGGGAAACAUGAGACAUUUCCAAGCUAAGAAGAUGGAGAAUUGGGAGGCGCAAAUCUUACAUCAUCAAGCUUCAACAACCUGUACUGUUGUGGAUGUGAAGCGAGAAAACUCGGCAACCAGCUACGUCUACGGACAUGCAAAUGAAGAGUUUCAGGCAGCAAAACCUAGUUGUUCUCAAAUGAUUCCUCCUGCUUCUUCUUCCCCCAUGUCCUCUGUUACAAGUUUCAGCAGCAACAUGUUAGAUUUUUCUACCCAUAUAGGAGAUGCCAGACAUCCACCAUCAGAUCUAUCCUCUGAGUGUAACAGCACUGCAACUGGUGGGGCACUUAAGAAAGCUAGGGUUCAACAACCUUCUUCAACCCAAUCCACCUUUAAGGUGAGGAAAGAGAAAUUGGGUGACAGAAUCACUUCUCUUCACCAGCUAGUUUCUCCAUUUGGGAAGACUGACACAGCCUCUGUCUUGUUAGAAGCUAUAGGAUACAUUAGAUUCCUUCAAAGCCAAAUUGAGGCUCUUAGCUCGCCGUACUUGGGCAGUGGAUCCUCAAAUAUGAAGCAGCAGCAGCAGCAGCAGCUACAAUCUGUUCAAGGGGAAAGGAAUUGUAUAUUACCUGAGGAGCCAGGUCAGAACUACAAUGAAGAACCCAAGGACUUGAGGAGUAGAGGGUUGUGUCUGGUUCCUGUGUCUUGCACCCUGCAGGUUGGAAGCGAUAAUGGAGCAGACUACUGGGCUCCGGCUAUCGGCGGUGGAUUCCAAUAGAGAGUUAUUAUAUUCCGGUGGCUGGGAGCACACAAGAGCUUCAUCAAUCGUUAUAAUAUCAUGAGCAGUCACUCUGCUAAAUUCUAAGGCUGAUUGCUCAUGAUGCUAUACAAUCAAGCUAGCUAUACAUAUGUGUAAUACUCUACUUUGGAGUUUUGUAUGUUCAAAUUAAUACUCAUUUAAGAUUAAACUUAUCUAUGGAUGUUCUUCUCUAA